GUUGGGUCUAUCUGUCUGAGGCGAAGCGGGGGGUCACUUUCAGACCUUGAAAGUCGAGUCAGUCCUGUUCAAUCCGUGAUUCCCUGCCAUGUUGCCCCCCGCAGGUUGACCAUGGCCAGAUCACCGACCGCCAACAACAACAACACAUUGAAAUUGGACGGAGAGGCGUCUUUGGUUGGAGAGGACAGGGCCUUGUUUGCUGUCCGGCCAUUCAUCCAUUCAAUAGUCAGCAUUGCUGUCAUUGUCAUUCUGGAGCCCUGAUAGAAUCGCCUCCAACAAACUAAGCUACCGGUACUGUAGCUAGAAGAACCAGUGCCAUCUGAUCACCAGACCAGGGGGCAUUCGCUCUGGAGGAAUCUCUCUAUCUCUCCACAGACCAAUCCAACCGCACAGUCUCGUCGACUUGUUCUCUGAAGAGUUCUUGGGCAAAGUAAUUUUGGAGGAGCCAAUUGGUUAAAUUGCAAUCAUCCAGAAUCAAGUUUCGAUUGGGAGCUUUAUGAUCCUUGAUUGUUGGACCCACACCACCAGAUAUCAUCAUGCCAGCCGCUGACGGAGGAUUAGGAACCGCCCUUGUGGGAGAAAAGAUUGUAGUCAAUAGCCGAUCUGUGGCUGUAACACGGCUGCUGGGUGAAGGUGGAUUCUCCUAUGUCUAUUUAGUAAAGGAGCUAUCAGAUACGGCCCUGGGUCAAUCCCUACACAGUUCAGCCCAUGGCGAGAGCAGCAACAACGCUGCCGGUGCCAAGGGCCAACAGCGUCGUGCUGGUUCGGCAUCUGGUGGGGUACAACCCGAGAAACCACUCAUGGUCCUCAAAGUCACUUCGAUUCAUUCGAGAUCGCAACGUGAUAUUGCCGAAAAGGAAGCCAAAUUACUGUCGAGAUUAAGCCAUCCAUCCAUCAUCAAAAUGUUUGACACUUGCUAUCGACAAGUGGGUGGGGGAGGAGGUGGUGGAUUCCUCAGCAAAGAGACCAACAAUUCCAAACCACAACACGUUAUCCUCAUGGAAUACUGCGAAGGAGGACAUGCUCUGGAUGUAUGCAAUAAGCUGGCUGCCGCAGGGAAACGAUUCGACUUGAGCACACUCAUUAUUGCCUUUGGACAAAUCUGCAAUGCUGUGUCGUACCUGCAUGCACAACGACCACCCAUUGUCCACCGCGAUUUAAAACCUGUCAAUUUUCUUGUCAAAAAUGGGGCAUACAAACUAUGUGAUUUUGGAUCAGCCGUAUUUGGGCAUGUCGACUUGAGAACGCAAAAAGCACGGGCGGAGGCAGAAGAAGUUAUUGAAAAGACAACAACACAAAUGUUCCGAGCCCCGGAAAUGGUCGAUUUAUACUCGGCGAAACGAUUGACGCAAGCGACCGACGUUUGGGCUUUGGGAUGCUGUCUCUAUUCGCUGGCGUUUCUGCAAAAUUGCUUUGAAGAAGGAUCCAACUUGGCUAUUCUAUCACGAAAAUACAAAAUCCCCGACGACAACCCCUACGGUGAUGGAUUGGUGGAAUUGUUGGAUCGAAUGCUCACCGUUGAUGCCAAAGCACGCUCGGAUAUGACCGAAGUAAUAUUGUGUUUGUCUGCAGUCUACUCGGGACGGCCGUUGCCCCCACGGAAAAAGCCAAGCAAGGCCAAAAAGGAUGAAAAAGGAGACGACGAAACUAGGAAGUCCAGUAGAGCAGAGCGAGGAGCAGGUGCCCCUACCGAAAGCGCCACUGUGACAAAGGACCCGGGCCGUGCUUCCAAGACAAAGGAUAAAAAGGGCAAAGGUGAAAGAGUUGGUACCUUCCGAACCGAUGGUCAGGGUAUCUAUGACGAUGGCCUCGGUCUCGGUCCAAGUGAUAAGAAAGAGGUCAAGAAACUCAAUCCAAAUUCGGCAGCUGCAAGGCGAAGGCAGGCGGCGGGUGGCGCUGCUACCGAAACGCAGCCCUCGACAGCGACGGCAGCCGAUCUAGAUUUCACUUCUUUCCAUGAUCAGUUCGACAACGACAAUGGGGCACCUGUCAAUCAAGACAUGGCCUUCUCAACCUCAGCCAACCCGUUUGCCUCUGUAUCGAGUGAGCCUAGCGACCAGCCGGGCGCUGACGGCAAUGACAUAUUUGGUGCAUUUGAUAAUGCUGACAACAAUACUCCCAGCGCGAACAAUGCCUUUGCUGAUUUUGACGCCGCAUGGGGGGAAGCGGCCACCGCCGAUAGAAGCAAAUCGGAAGGAGCCUUUGGAAAGUUUGAGGACAAAGAUCGGUCGCCGCCCCGGAGGUCCGCUUCAGGUAAAGACAAAGAUUCUUCCAAACACCGGGCACGCAAACCUCGGAGAAAGUCUGGAAACACAGGGGAAAAUUCGACAAGCGGUGGCGAGGGCCUCAAUGAUUCAUUCAACGAAAUGAACGUUUCCAACCCCGAUUCAACAGAAAGAAAGCAACGCCGUGAAGGCGAGAAAAAAGGAACCAGAACGAGUGGAGGAGAACGGAGGCGAAAGCCGAAAGAAGAGGAGGAAGGAAGAAGCGCACCAAGGCGAAACAGAAGUGGCCGAGAUGCGUCUCGGACGACUGGUCACACCUAAAUGCUUUCUCGCUCGAUUUAUUUUGCGAGCCAAUAACGUUCUUGUAUGACUAGUUUAGCACCCACAAACCAGCAUUUUUAGGUAGCUAGCGACGAUUACAGCAUGUUAGAUUGUCUACUUAUUGU